AUCACAUUUGUAUGGUCUCAUGUGACAGUUUUUGGUCCUUCGAGUUCGGAACACAACGCAUUCAAUGAAGUUUCAAGGGAGAAGAAUAUUAUUUUUGGUGGAAAAUCUGUGAGUGUGUAAAAAUCAUAGUCAUCGUCGUCCUGGAUUGCCUUAGGAUUACCCCGAGAGUGAAAUUGAAAGGAUUUACCAUGAAUUUUAUCCAGUUUUUUAUUGCUAUCCUGAUAGCGAUGGAUGUUCACCUGAAUCAGGCGCUAUUUCUAUCGAAUUUAACCGUCCCACGAAUUAUAGACUCUGGACAAAAAGCCAAAUUAUUCUGCAGCUAUGAAAUGGGUAAUCGGACGUUGAAUUCCGUCAAAUGGUACAAGGAUGGUCAGGAAUUUUUUAGAUACUCACCCUUAACGCCACCCACAACAAAUAGAUUCCCUGUUCAGGGUGUAACGAUAGCAGAUGGAUCUUAUGUUUGCAAUCAAUUUAUCUGCAACGUCGAACUGGAAAAACUCAAUUUAUUUUCAUCGGGUGCAUAUCGAUGUGAGGUAUCGGGGGAUGCACCUGAAUUUAAGCUCAUUGAUAAAACCGCAAACAUGUCAGUUGGAGUUCUACCGAAAUUUGACCCGUACAUCAGUGGAAUCACACAUCCAUACAAGUAUGGUGAUUUUUUGGUGGCCAACUGCAGUUCGGAAUGGUCAAGUCCCCAGGCGACACUAACGUGGUACAUCAAUAACAAAACGGCACCGGCCGUCACAUUGGCACCACACCAACACGAAAUAACAAGAAAUGCCGAAGGAUUUAUACUCUACUCGAGCAAUUUACAGAUUCGCAUCCAUAUAGCUGAUCCACGUUUCAUUUCGAAUACGGAGACGUUGGAGUUGAAAUGUGUAGCCGGAAUAAUGGGCAUUCCGUCACUAACACGUGAAACUGUUAUUCGAGCCACAAUCCUAGCGCUUAAGGACGCCGGCCUCAAUCAGAGAUUGGUGGAAAAUCACUCAGGUCAUGUGCAGCCGAUGCUGAGUCUCAUUGUCACGUUCUUAAUUAUAUUCUACGGUAUGUUCUCAUUUAAUGAAAGAACUUUCCUGGAUGCAGCCUGCAGAUAGCUCCUUUUGGCCAAUGUCAUAAUCACUGUGUAGUGUGUGGUUGUGUGGUAAUAUAGAGAGAAUAUUACAGCAGAUGCAUGGAAUGCAUGCAACAUUGAAGAAGAGAAGAAAAGUUGGAACAUAUUAAAAAUGGUGACUGCAAUAAACACACACACACACAAACACAUACACACGCAUACAUAUAUAUAGAUAUUAUAUAUGUAAACUAUACUGAAUAAGGAUUCUAUAUUUAUUUUUCUAAUUAUAAAAUUACUUAGUUUUAAAAAAAAAUUUUAAACUUACAAGUGAACAAAAGUCGAAGGAAUAAAUGUGACGUGAC